AUGGCGUCGAGGAGCUCGUUCUUGACGAUCUUGGUCUGUACAGCUCUCCUCGCCGUCCUCUUCGGGGCGGCGGAUGCUCAGGGCCUUAGGGUCGGGUUCUACAAGAAGACGUGCCCCAAGGCAGAGACCAUCGUGCGGGAGACGGUAGCCGGCUUCGUCGCGAAGGACGCGACUGUGGCGGCGCCGCUCCUCAGGCUUCACUUCCACGACUGCUUCGUCAGGGUAUGCGAGAACGCCACUCCCACCGCCGGCUCGCCGCGCUUCGGCGCGCGCCUCUUCUCACUCCGUCGUUAGUGACGAUCACAUCAUCCUAACGUUCUAGCUGGCCGUCUUGCUAUUGCUGUCCUUUUGCCAGGGUUGCGACGGCUCAGUGCUGCUCAACUCCACCAAGGGCCGUCUCGCCGAGAAGGACGCGAUGCCCAACCUAAGCCUCGACGGGUUUUACGUGAUCGACGCCGCCAAGGCGGCCGUGGAGGUGGCAUGCCCGGGGGUCGUCUCGUGCGCCGACAUCGUCGCUCUCGCUGCCAGGGACGGGGUCGAGCUGGUAAUUGAUCAAUCAAUCACUCGCGAGGGUCGCUUCUCUUCCGAUGGAGAGAGACAUCGAGUUCCGUCAAUCCGUUCUUUACCCCUCCCGCUAACCGUGUCUGCUGUGUUAUGCGGAUUCAGAUCAACGGGCCGAGCUGGCGUGUUAAGACCGGGCGGCGGGACGGGCGCGUGUCGUCGGCGUCGGAAGCUGUUGCCAACCUGCCGUCGUCCUUCGGGGAGAUAGCCGAACUGAAAGCAAACUUCGCGAGGAAGGGCCUCAGCGCCAAGGACCUCGCAGUUCUCUCAGGUCGGUCUGUCGGUCGGUUGUUUCUGCUGCUCCAGUCGCCCUCCUCCUCCGGCGAGGGGUCUGCGGGUUUCAAGCGUUCUUCUAUCUAACUUGACGAUGACUCUGAUGGUGCUUGUCAGGAUCCCACACCAUCGGGAACGCCCACUGCAACGCCUUCAGCAAGAGGCUCUACAACUUCACCGGGAAGGGCGACAGGGACCCGUCUCUGGCCCCCGCGUACGCCCGGAAGCUGAGGUCGCAGUGCCCGCGAGGGGACGAGACCAGCAUCGUGGAGAUGGACCCGGGGCGCGCCGUCAGCUUCGACACGAGCUACUACGCUCGAGUUGGCAAUGGGAAGGGACUCUUCCACUCCGAUGCCGCGCUGCUCCGCGACAAGGUGACCAGGGACCUGGUGUACCAGUACACCGGGAGCGCCUCCAAGUUCUUCCGCGACUUCGGUGUCGCCAUGGGGAAGAUGGGCAGCAUCGGCGUCCUCACCGGUGCGCGAGGAGAGAUCAGGAGGCACUGUGCUCUGGUCAACGCCUGA